GUGAUAAUGAUUUAUUUCUUUAAAUAUAUAUUUUUUUCAUUUGUUUUAUCCAGGAGUUUAGCAGUUAGUCAGACUAAAUCGAAGAUUAAUAUCCCAUACAUAUCACCUGUUAAGAACAACAGUAAAAAGGGUACUGUUAUACUCGAUGGUUCUACUGAUGGCAACGGCGAACUCCCUUUUGUUGAAAUCACAAACGCAGAUGGCUAUUUUUACAAAUCUCCACAAGAGUAUAAAGAUACUUCAUAUGCUAAGAGGGAACGAGAACUUGAAGAACUACAGUCUAAGAAUAUGAACCACUUUGACUUUCUUAAUCCACUAAUCGGAAACCUCACUAACAGAAUUUAG